AUGGUCAUUGAUAUUUCACACCUCACUUGUCACUCCUGCUUCUACCUGGGGCUGAACAUUUCCGCACAAUUCAACGAGCAGGAUUUGGACAAUGUAACGUGGGUCCGAGCCCCGCGGCAAAUUUUGACACGCGGAAUAUUCCGCGUCACUGAGGAUACACGGAUAUCCACAGCACCUCUUGUUCUUCUGAAGCGUCGCGACUUCAGUCUGUAUAUUCGUCCGGUGCUGUUCGAUGAUCGGGGCGAGUACCGAUGUGCUAUCGUUUUCAAAGAUCGAGUUCACAUUCGUACUGUGGAGCUACGUGUUUUGGUUCCACCACGGAUCACGCGUUCCCCGGUAUCGUUUCUCAAAGUGGACGAAGGGGCCAGUUUGGAGAUGGAUUGUUUAGCCAGUGGUUACCCUGUGCCGGAAACUACUUGGCUUGUAAGGAGCACAAAAUCGUCAUCUACUUCUUCAGUAUCAUCUUCCUCAUCAUCAACAUUCGAUGAUAACGGUGUCGAGAAUGCCAUGACCGUAAUGGAUGCUUUUGCCAAAUUUGGUGGAAGUCGCUUGAUCAUCUACCCAUCCAAAUUGACCAAGCCGUACUCGUCAGGCAGCUGGGAUUUGCACAUAUUUUCCCAUGAUCUACCACCCAUGGAGGGGUCUUUCAAGGAGUAA